AAGUUUUGUUUUUCGUAGUCAGGUAGUCGCAGUUUUUGGGUUUGUUUCUUCUUCAAUUGUUACAAAGUUUAAUUUUUGUAAUUUUUCUGUAAGUGAAAAUGGAAAUGGAUAUAGAAGCAUCAAAUGAAGAUGAUAUCUGCGAGAAUAUUGGUUUAGGAUGUGCCUUGGAAAUGUUUAGUGAAUGGAAGGAAGUUUUGAAUAUGAUCAACACUUUGAAAUCGGCUUCGAGCUGUCAGGAUGUCAACAAAACAGAACAGGCUUAUGAAAAGUUCAAAUAUAUUUUAAAUCAAUAUAAAGAACAACCACAUUUAUUAGACCCAUACUUGGAUCAAAUGUUAGGUGAAAUUCUUGACCUGGUUAAAGAAACCAACACUUCAAUGGAGCUGAGACAUAGGUUAUUCAAGUAUUUGUUUGUGAUUGUAAAUGUGAGAGGUUAUAAAGUGGUUGUCAGGCAUCUUCCGCAUGAAGUUUCUGAUUUGGAAGUUGUGUUAUCGAUGCUCGAAUCUCAAAAUGAAAAAGAUACAUUGACUUGGGAAACCCGCUAUUGUCUUCUCUUAUGGCUCUCCAUUAUAGUGAUGAUUCCUUUCCAUAUGGCUCGGCUUGAUAGCGGCAAUCAGGAGAAAACUGUGAUGGACAGACUGUUGGAUGUUUGCAAAAAAUACUUGAUGGGAGGUGAUUCUUGUAGAAUGGCAAGUGCCUAUCUUUCUUCGAAGCUAUUGACAAGAUCUGACGUGAAAGAGGCUCAUCUGAAACCAUUCCUCGAUUGGGCUUGCAGUAGCCUGGUCAAUGAGCAAGGAAGCUGGAAGAGGUUUGGUCCAUUGUCAAGUCUUGCCGCCAUUUUGAAACAUGGCAAGAGAGAAGAUCUCCUGCCCUAUGCCACUCUACUCUUCACUAGGAUAAUUGACGCCAAGUGUCGUAAUGACAGCUAUAGACUUACUCGGAAAUACGCUAUGAAAAUCAUUCACCGAAUAGGACUGACCCUACUGAAACCACGCCUGGCCUCUUGGCGGUACAAACGUGGCUGCCGGCAGAUAGUGUUGAACCUGAACGCGGGCGAUGCACCGACCAAGAAGGAGCAGACCGCUGAUGAGACUACCAGCGACGAUGAGGAAGACUUUGAUGUGCCAGACGAGAUCGAGGAAAUAGUUGACGAACUCAUCCAGGGCUUGAGUGAUCCCGAUAUUACUAUCAGGUGGUCGGCAGCGAAAGGCAUCGGACGUAUAACGGCUCGCCUGAGUAAGACGUUUGGUGACGACAUCGUGGAGUCAGUGUUGGAACUGCUCACUCCUCGCAUGUCGGAUGCCGCUUGGCAUGGUGGCUGUCUCGCUUUGGCCGAACUUGGUAAGAGAGGUCUUCUGCUACCGUCCAGACUGCCCCAGGUUGUGCCUAGGGUUGUGAAUGCGCUGAACUACGAUGAGCCGAGAGGCUACCUGACGGUGGGAGCCCAUAUAAGGGACGCCGCUUGCUAUGUGUGCUGGGCGUUUGCCAGGGCCUACGAUACCGACGUUUUAAAGCCCUACGUCAACGAGAUUGCCAAAGCAAUGCUAAUUGUUGCUUGCUUUGAUCGGGAGAUCCACUGCAGGAGAGCUGCGUCGGCUGCCUUCCAAGAAAAUGUUGGACGACAGGGAUCGUUUCCACACGGCAUUGAUAUUCUCACGGAAGCUGACUAUUUUGCCGUCGGCCCACGGAGUAAUGCCUACCUCAAUGUCAGUUACUUCAUAUCCCAGUAUGAAGAGUACACUGUGGCAUUGAUUGAUCACCUAGUUCAGAAGAAACUAGAUCAUUGGGACAUAGCCAUCAGAGAACUCAGCAGUAAAGCAUUACAUAAGCUGACUGAUAAAGCUCCAGAAUACAUGUCGAAAACUGUGGUUUAUCAAUUGGUGGAGAAAACCAAUCAAAUUGAUUUGAAUGCCAGACAUGGAGCUGUCAUAGCUUUGGGAGAAGUCAUCCAUGCUCUAUCCAUUCUGAACAUUGCAGUAGAUGGCGUUAUUUUGGAAGCAGUAAAAAAUCUUAUAAAAGUUUACAACGACAGGAAUUUCUUUAUGGGAUUGAGUGGCGAACUGAUGAAGCUGGCUUUCUGUCACCUCAUUCAGAAGUGCUCGAUGGCGAAAAUUGAGUUCAAUGAGCCACUAGUCAUUGAGCAAUGGCGCAUGCUAUUGGACGAGUGCCUGUGCCACGAGGUGGCGAACGUUCGUGCGAAAGCGGUCGAGGCGCUGCCUGCUCUCUGUACGCAGUACUACCGGCGGCCGACAGAUGGCGCUGUCUGCAGGGAGCAGCAGAUGCAGAUGGUUGACAAGUACACCAAGCAGCUGGCGAACAGUGUGCAGGUCGUCAGGAUGGGCUAUGCGCUGGCCUUAGGUUCCCUGCCCGCGUUCAUGCUGAAGGGAUGUCUGAAGAGUGUGAUACUCGGCCUGGUGGAAUGCACCAAGAUCACAGAGCUGAGCGCCAAGUGGGCCGAGUCCAGGCGAGACGCCAUCAGAUCUCUCACUGAAAUAUGCAGUACCGUUGGAGUCGGUCCAGGAGAUGAGAACGAGUCUUGCAGACCUCUGGUGCGUAAUCUGAUGGAAUGCUUCUUGGAAGGAUUGGAGGAGUACACCUUGGAUAGCAGAGGAGAUGUAGGCUCUUGGGUUCGGGAAGCAUCCAUGACUGGUCUUAGCACAUUGGUGAACCUGUGUGUCAAGGAGGACGGUGCACUAUUAGAUGCAGACUUGAUUGAGAAAACUGUGAUUGGGAUAAGUCAGCAGGCUGUGGAGAGGAUAGACAAAAUGAGAGCUCAUGCCGCUAAGAUAUUCUGCUCUCUUCUCUACAGCGACCCAAAAGUGCCUCACAUUCCCGCCGAAACAGAGCUGAUGGCCAUUUUCGCAGAGAGUGUUUGUAAGAGCAGUGACAUCGACUGGAGCAGCAUGGCUGAGACAUUCCCGCGAUUUGUGCCACUCAUCAAUCUGCCCGCCUUCUCUUACAAUGUGAUGCUCGGGUUCAUCGCCAGUGUCGGAGGACUUACUGAAAGUUUGGUGAAACACUCGAGUGCCGCUCUGUUCAACCACCUGAAGACACAAACCAAGCCAGAACUGGAGCGAUUGGGCGAGGUGAUACUUGCAAUAUUCGAGAAGAACCAGCACAGCAAGCGACUUGGUCUGCCGAUUCUGGUGUUCCUCGACCGACUGUUCAGUUCGAUGGCGUACGCAUGCGUGGUGGCCGAUGCGCAGUCGUCCUUCGCCGCCGGCGUCUUCCAGCUCACCAAAGUGGAGAUCAGUCGCAAGCAGACGACCGCCAAGCUGUCUGCUAGCAUCGACGUCUUUUGCCAGCUUAUACAGGUCAGAGGCGACGUGGGCAAAAAGGCGUUGCGACAACUAGGCCUAUUUCUGAGCCACCAGAAGUUCAAGUGGCUUCGCCAGGCCACGGCCAGCAAACUCUACGAAGCGCUGACUAUGCUAGAAGGAGACAACGACAUCGACGACGAUGACCUUGAGAAGGUGAUGACCCUGUUGAGUGACACCGAGUGGUCGACCAAGACUGACGAUGAACUGCGCGAGGCUCGAACCGCGUUCUAUGCGCUUGUCGGAGUCAACUCCACUACCGCAACGAAAACUUAGCUGUGAUUCAAGUUCAUUCAAGCUUUUUCUAAGUUUAUCUCUUAGGUCCGUUUGCACAGUUUAAACUAAAUUUCAUUUCAAACUGGAUUAAAUCCGUAUCAAGUAUCGUUUGUUAUAAUGUGUUUCAUUUUGAGUUUAAGCCAACAGCUGAUUAAAUCGGGUUUAAGCUCUGACUGUACAAACGGCCCUUAGAGGUAUACACUUGUCUACCAUCAUUGUGUUAUCGAUGUUCUAUUUUUUAUUCUUCUGUUCACUUAUUAAGUGACAGAUAAAUAAUUGUAAUAUACAAAUCAAAUUUUAUUCUCUUCAAGAAACAGUUUAUAAAAUAAUGCAAAACUACAAUAAUAAUAAUAAUACAAUACUCAUUAUGAUCGAGAGAGAAUUAGGCUGAGGCCAAAACUGUCUCUCUCCCAAAUUUUGAUCAAUAAAUUAAUGUUUCCAAAAUAAUACGGAUAUGAUAUUGAUACGGUUUUUGUUAAUUAAUGAAUCGAUAAUAAACGUGCUAAUCGACAGGGGCGUAACAAUUUGCAUGUGAUUAUGAAUGGCUUGAAUGCACAGUCAAGCAGGAGACAGGAUAUUCAUGUUGACUCCAAGUUGCACUCCCGAAGCAGCUUAGAUCGGUGAUAAUCAUCAGUCAGCUGUCACUGUGCGAUCCAGCAGAUUUAAUUUUGUUAAAAAUUAAAACUUGUUUGUUUAAUAUUUGUUAAAAACUAAUUUUGUUUAAAAUAUGAAUCUAAAUGAUCAAGACACAAGUACGUAGACCAAAUUGUAUACAUCUUUUAACACUAUCGUACCCAACAUAAAUCACACCCAAACGGACUUUCAGGUACUGCUUCAAUUAUUGUCACAAUCAUUAUUCAUCAUUAUUGUCACAUAUAAUGCAUAUUUUGUGCCACUUGGGCCAUUUGAACAGUAAAAGCUUACUAAUAUCUUGUUAUAAUAAUAACAACUUGUUAUAUAAUAACAACUGCUUUUUAGGCAGCCGGGACCGACGGCUUAAGGCUUUGCAAAGGCUAAAAAUAAACUUUCUACUGGUGAUAUUUUUCAAAGUUUUUCGAUUAGUAUAUCAUCAAGCUAUCAAAAUGAAAAA